AUGUGUACCUAUGCAGACAUUGCAGAUAGGCUAUUAAAGGGUAUUGUCCUGUCACCGGGUAAUCCAGCUCCAGGUGCCGCAGGUGUCCAGCAGCCAGCGGCGGCCUCGCCUGGUGGUUUGCAGCCUCUUCCUGAGGUAGCGGAACCUGCAGACCUGUGCAAAGAAAAGGAAGACAAGAGUCAACCCGGACACCCUGCAGGAGCGGGAGAUGGACUUCUGCACUCAUGCAACAGGUCUUUGUCCUCCUCGGACAGCGAGGAUGAGGGUAUCGGCAAGAAAGACAAGAAGAAGAAAAAGCUGAAGAAGAAGAGGAAAAAGAUGGAUUCCAGCUCAUCCUCCUCCUCCUCUUCUUCUUCAUCUUCUUCCUCCAGUAGCUCUUCAGACAGUGACAGUGAGGAUGACAAGAAGAAGAAGGAGAAGAAGAAGGGUGAGGAGAAGGAGUAUGGCUGGGACAGUGUUAUAUCUCAGGCUGGUCCCGAUGGCCAAAUGGAACAUCAGUGUGUAGAAGGCCUGAAGAUGAGCCAGGAUGAAGAGCAGAAUGAGCCCAGCAGGGCUACUGCUCUUUCAGCAGCUGGUGUUGAGAUUUUGAUACCAGGUGGUGAUGGAGACAAAAAGAAAGACCAAGAUGACAAGGCCAAGAAAGAGCUUAAAGCAACAGAGGAAGGCGAACUGUGCAAAAACUCUGGUCUGGCUGAUAGUGAUGGUGACAAAAAAGACAAGAAGAAAAGAAAAAAGAAGAAAGAAAAGGACUCUCCCUGCAGCUCCUGUUCAUCUGAUAGCUCCUCUUCAGGCAGUGAAGAUGACAAGAAGAAAAAGAAGAAGAAGGUGAAGAAGAAGAAGGAUUCCAGCUCUUCCUCCUCCUCUGAUAGCGAAGAUGACAAGAAGAAGAAGAAGAAAAAGAAGACAAAGAAGAAGGAUAAGGAUUCCAGCUCUUCCUCCUCCUCUGAUAGCGAAGAUGACAAGAAGAAGAAGAAGAAGAAGAAGAAAAAGAAGAUGAAGAAGAAGAAGGACAAGGAUUCCAGCUCUUCCUCGUCCUCUGAUAGUGAAGAUGACAAGAAGAAGAAGAAGAAAAAGAAGAAGAAGAAGUCCAGCUCUUCUGAUGAAAGCUCCUCUUCCUCUGACAGUGAUGGUGACAAGAAAAAGAAGAAAAAGACAGAUAAGAAAAAGGAUAAGAAGAAGAAGAAGGAUUCUUCUUCUGACUCCUCCAGUGAUUCUUCUAGUGAUGACGAUAAGAAGAAGAAAAAGAUGAGGAAAAAAGAUAAGAAAAAGAAGAAAAAGAAAGACAAGAAAAAGCACUCAGAUUCUUCUAGCAGUGAAGAUGACAAGAAGAAGAAAAAGAAGAAGAAGAAAGACAAGAAAAAGAAGAAAGACAAGAAGAAGAAAAAGAUGAAGGCGAAAAAGAAGGACUCGAGCUCUAGUUCAUCGAGUUCAUCUGACAGUGACAGUGACAAGGAAAAUAAGAAGGACAAGAAGAAGAAAAAGAGUCCAGGCUCAUCAGGAAGUGAAAAUGGAAUGGAGAAAAAGAUCGAAAGCCCAGACGGUGAGCGAAGCGGUGAGCCAAAAAUGGAAGUUUCAGGGUCAGGUGGUGGCGGACGAUUCACCCCCAGUGGAAGCAGCUCUAAGCUAGAUGGCCCUCCUGUCACCUCAUAUGCGUCACUCCCGUCUAAACCCGUUGUGAAGCUGGAUCCGCUGACUCCUUCAACUUUCUCCAAGCCCUCUGCCUUUGGCUCACCACUGAGUGUGGGUGAUAGGCCCCUCAUUCGCAGACCUCCCAGCCCCAUGGAGUCCCUGAUGCUGAGCUCAAGGAGUUAUGGAGAUGGAGGGACCCGUUCUACUUCCCACUUCACCUCUACUGACCUACUGAGAGGCUCCAAGCCUUACCAAUAAUAAAGUGUCAUAGAUCAAAAUAGAUGUUACUGAUUUAAAAAAAAGCAUGGCUUGCAUGGCAUUGCUGGAAGUUGAAUGUGACCUGAGAUCUGCUCUAAUGAUGCUCUCAGUUCAUAAAAUAUGUUUUUGGCGUAUUUUCAGGUGGAAUAUAGGUAACAGGGUAAGGAUUAAUUGUGACAUGAUGAAAAAGUUGAGGAAGAUUAGAUAAAACCAUAAUAAAACAAUAAUGAUUUUAUAAUUUUUUGUAAUUAGUAAGAAAAAGCUCAUUUUUGGAUGGAAAUUUAUAAUCACGUGAAAUAAUGAAUAUAAUACUUGCUUUGUGGAAUAAAACAACAUGAUUUUG